GCGACUUGCCGUUUAACGUUUAUCAUCUACUUCAUUUAUUGUCCAACCCAUAUUCAAUAUCACAUACAGGUCUUCAGAACUUCCUUUACCUGCUGCUGAUGCUGCAGGCUGUGGCUAUAUUCUGCUAGGGCACAUUUUGCAUUCGAACCGCUUCCGGCGAGCAUAGAUACCUUCUCUGUUGCUGCCGGUUCUUUAUCUCUUUAUCUAUUCUUCUUGUUAACAUCAGCUGCGGGCAGUUCCUCAUACCCCAAUCAUGCCUCCCAAGUCUGCCGCGAGGAGCAAGGCAGCCGUCGACGACGAGCUUGGCGAGCUCUUUGAGGGGAUUGGCGUCGAUAACGCCCCAAAGAAGACCACCACCAAGGCCAAGCCUGCCGCGGCUGGUUCCAGGGCCAGCGCUGACAUCGACGACGUCUUCGCCGAGCUCCAGAACCAGAUUGAUGAGAAGCCCAAGACCGCUUCCAGACCAGAGACCCCUCGCGUCAAGGAGACUGGUACAAAGCGGCCCACUGGGGCUCCUCCUGCCGCCGCAGCUGAGAAGCCCGACGACAAGACCAUCGCAACGCCCGCCCGCAAGUCGGCCGAGGGCGCGCCAUCAUCUCAACCGACGACCGUUCCUACCACCGCUAGCACCGAAAUAGAUGAACCUGCAGCAUCUGCACCUGAACCCGCUGCAGCAUCUGGCGGAGGAUGGUGGGGUGGUUUCAUUGCCAGCGCCAGCGCCACCGCCGCCGCUGCCGUGAAGCAAGCCGAGACGGCGGCCCGCCAGCUGCAGCAGAGCGAAGAGGCAAAGAAGUGGGCGGAACAGGUACGAGGCAACGUCGGCGCUAUUCGUGGAUUUGUUGGCGAGGAGAUUCGCCAUCGCGCCCUGCCGACCUUUAGCGACCUCAUACAUACGCUCGCGCCGCCCAUUGCCUCGCACGAACGUCUCGCGAUCCACAUUACGCACGACCUUGUCGGGUACCCGUCCCUCGACCCGCUCGUAUACGGCGUCUUCUCCCGCGUCAUGGCACAGGUGGAGGGCGGCGACCUGAUGGUGAUCCAGCGUGGCCAGGAAAACACGGUCCGGCCGUCUCGGUCGUCCUCUUCAGCCUCGGCCGCCUUCUUCUCGGCCGGCCAGUCGGUCUACGGUUGGCGCGAUGGGCCAUGGUGGCGCGCCUCGGACAUGCCGAGGGAUAUGGGCACGAUCAAGGGUCUUGCCGAGGGCACCAAACUGUGCCGCGCCAGCGCUGAGGCUUACGCUUCCGAAUACUUUGCCGCCAAGGGCGGGAUCGACCUCGCCCGCCAGCGUGCCAUCGAGCCCGUCUCUGACGACAACCCGGUGCGCAGCUCUGACUUGUUCCUGGCGCUGCAGGCGGUCAAGGUUGACGCGAGCAAAGACUUGUUUGCUGGAUCUCCCGCCGCCGAGGCGAAGGCAGCCGAGGCUGGCGAUGCUUCCGACUCACACGACGAUGGCAGGGGAGGCGAGGAGAUUGUAUUCGCCGUCUUUGUGCUCGACCCCGUCCACGACAUCUCCUUCAGCACUGUCAGCCAGGCCGUGCCUGAGCAGUGGGUCCGCUGGCUUGACGCCUCGACGCCGCUAACUCCGACCAGCAGUGGUGGUGACGAGCUCAGCAGCGGCGGUGCCUCUGCUCCAGACAGCGAGCAGGGCUUCUUGGAGCGGGUGCCCGAGGAGAUCCGCGACGUGGUCGAAAGCGGAGGCGUUGACCCGCGCGAAUGGGUCGCCGAGUGGAUCGAGGAGCUUCUUAACCUAGCCGUCGGUGUUGUCGCACAGCGCUACGUCGCACGCCGUAUGGGCGUUGGCAUUGGAGGUAUCGGCAAGAGCAAGAGGAAUGUACAGGCCGUAGUUGUGGACGGUGGCGGCGAGGCUGCUCGGGCAGGUCUUAUUUGAUCAGGUUUAAUUGUCUGCAUGUUGUUCAUUCAUAGUCCUUUCUCCGGUUCGCUCGCGGCGUUUGGAUUCUCGCAAUUGGCUUGUGGUUUGAAGCAAGUUUGGACAGCUGUUCUUGAUGCCCAGGAUACAAGACAGACUUGGCGGGGGACUCGUUUUCAAUUCCGCUCACAACAAUUUUAUCAUGCUUGGGUGUUCAUAUAUGCGCAGCUUUUUGGCUUCCUUCGAGAUCUCUACCCCAGCUCAUUUGAACAGAGUAUUAACAGUCGUAAUGCUGUUUGUGGGUCUAUCUACCCACAGAGCUGCUAAUGUAUGCCAGAAUGCACCUAACUGCAGGUGAAUUCGCAUAUGAUGCUGGUUUGAUUUGGGUUAGCCCUUGGCAGGACAACAGCACGCUUCUCAAGCUGCACAUGUUAGGGUAAGCAGGAUUAGCACAAUCAUCAAGGUGUACAUGUUAGGUUUUGUGGUUUGCCACAAGUAUAAAUAACCACCGGAAUCCGGUCCUCUUUGAUUUCAAGC